AUGGCAUUCUCUCCAGUGAUUGGAUCCUUUGUCGCUGCGGACUAUGCUGUCUUUGCUCUGAUGCUGCUGGUGUCUGCAGCCAUCGGGGUGUACUAUGCCAACGUCGGAAGGGGCCAGAGCAGCUCCAGAGAGUUUCUGAUGGGUGGCCAGAGUAUGACAGCCGUACCUGUGGCUCUGUCCCUGACUGCCAGCUUCAUGUCGGCUAUCACAGUGCUGGCCACCCCAGCCGAGGUGUACCGAUACGGGGCAAGCUACUGCCUCUUCAGCCUCUCCUAUGUGCUGGUGGUGGUGGUCAGCUCAGAGGUCUUCCUCCCUGUCUUCUACAGGCUGGGCAUCACAAGUACCUAUGAGUAUCUGGAGAUACGGUUCAACAGAGCCACCCGCCUGUUGGGGACAGUGAUGUUCAUUGUUCAGACUAUGCUCUACACGGGAAUAGUCAUUUAUGCUCCAGCUCUGGCAUUAAACCAAGUGACUGGGAUGGAUCUCUGGGGUGCUGUCAUUUCAACGGGAGUGGUUUGCACCUUUUACUGCGCUAUGGGCGGUCUGAAGGCGGUGGUGUGGACGGACGUGUUCCAGGUGGGCAUCAUGGUGGCAGGCUUCCUGUCUGUCAUCAUCAGAGCCGUGGUCCUGCAGGGAGGAGUCUCCAACAUCCUCAACCACGCUGAGCUCGGAGGACGACUCAACUUCUGGGACUUUGAUGCUAGUCCACUGAGGAGGUACACCUUCUGGACCAUCACAUUUGGAGGCACGUUUGUCUGGACCAGUAUCUAUGGGAUCAACCAAGCCCAGGUGCAGAGAUACAUCUCUUGCAAAUCCAUGACUCACGCCAAAAUGUCUCUCUACAUUAACCUAUUAGGAUUGUGGAUCAUCAUGCUGUGUUCUGUGUUUGCGGGGCUGUGUUUGUACUCCGUCUACAAGCACUGUGACCCCUGGACAGCAGGCAUGGUGUCUGCUCCAGAUCAGCUGAUGCCAUAUAUGGUGAUGGACAUCCUGAGAGACUACCCUGGACUGCCAGGAUUGUUUGUGGCUGCAGCCUACAGUGGGACCCUAAGUACGGUAUCGUCCAGUGUCAAUGCUCUGGCUGCCGUGACUAUUGAAGACCUGGUCAAGCCGUACACUCACAUGACAGAGAAACACCUGUCCUGGACCUCUAAAGGCCUCAGCUUUCUGUAUGGGGCUCUCUGUAUUGGAAUGGCUGGCAUAGCCUCACUCAUGGGAAGUCUGCUGCAGGCAGCUGUCAAUAUCUUUGGGAUCAUCGGAGGGCCUUUACUGGGUCUCUUCUCGCUGGGGAUCCUCUGUCCAUACGCCAAUGCCACCGGGGGCUUGGCUGGUCUUCUCUCUGGGCUGGUUAUGUCUCUGUGGGUGGGGAUAGGGGCCCAGUUUUACCCUCCUCUACCAGAGCAGAGCAGGCCUCUGGGUCUGACCACACAUGGCUGUAACUUCACAACCGCAGCCGAUGCGUUCAACUGGACCGCAUCCCCAACAGAACCAAGCCUAUACACCACAGUACUACAGCAAAAUACAGCAGAGAGACCCUUCCUGGCUGAUAACUGGUACUCCCUGUCCUAUCUCUACUUCAGUCCUAUUGGGACACUUACAACACUGGCUGUUGGACUGGUGGUCAGUCUUCUUUCAGGGGGUAUGAAGUUGAAUUUGGAACCAACUGUGACUUUGAUGAAAGAAGAUACAAUGUUAUUUUGCUUUUACAAGCUCUUUAAAGAAAGGGCCAUGAGACGAGCCGGAAAGCUGGACCUCACAAAAAACAGAGAGAACCAAUUGGGAAACAAUAACCCCGGCUUCUGCAAUGUCCACGAGUUGGUUUCCACAAAGAGCAGUCUUCCUACAUGACAUACUGAUAAAACCAUGACUUUAACAGUUGUAAUUGAAAAAAUAUUGUCACCCAUUAUAUGCUUAAAGGUAAUGAUUAGAAUAUUCCACCCUGAAACCAUAUAAUUGUAUGAGAUUUAUUAGAAUCAUAAAACUAUAAUCUGAUGAUGUGUGUAGUUUUAGUCAGAAUUAGAACAAUGACCUUUUGUUCCUUUUUAGUAUGUAAGCAGGGUGCAAGUGGGAAAAAAAUGAGAAGAGGAGCUAUCAACAGACAAGCUGUACCACUGUGUUCCUUACAGGACAUUCUGUCUCCACCCGUGGAGGGGAGAAACUGUUAGGCUUGCAGAAAAUGAUGAAACAUGUCGCAGAUUAAAGAAACAAUGUAUCUGUGUAGUGGAAAAACACAGACUGUCUGAGCAAGGCAUAGUUUAAGAUUUGAACUUGUUUGUGUGUGUAAAGACUGUGUUUGUAUAAUGGACUUUAGAAUGUUCUCGUGAAUAAA